AUGCUUCGCGACCUUCCGCCCUUUGUGCAGCAUGACGCAACAGUCUUUAUGAACAGCCCACGGGAGCACGAAGAAGACGCGCAAGAUGGUCAUCAAACCAGACAAGAUCCGCUUGACGAUGUCUUUGGCUCCGCGCCAUCAUCGCCAACGCUCUCACCGUCCAUAAAUCAUGACCAACGAGACAGCAGCAACGGCGGGGAGCGCGGUAACACGGAGCACUCCGACGUUCCGCGUCUCCGCAGAAUUCACGUAACCAAUGGGUACCGCGAAGGCAUUGCUGUGAGCAAGGAARAACAUGUUCAAGCGGGAUUCGACGAGGGCUUCUCCUUGGGCGGAGAGAUUGGCAUGCGGGCUGGUUGGUGCUUGGGGGUGUUGGAAGCUGUCUAUCAGGCAUUGGCACGUGGAAAGGCGGACAACGAUGAGGCGGUGAAACGCGCGCGGGAAAUGCAUGAGCAGGCAAAGGCAGAGUUGGUGUUGGAGAAGCUGCUGGGCGAGGCACACUUUGGUCCCGAUGGAAUCUGGAAGUACGAUGUCCCGGGACAGGAUGAUGUCGAGGAGCUGGACGUUACCUUUGCGGACGUGGCGGUACAGCAUCCGGUGUUGAAGGUAUGGAGGAGACAAGUCCUGCGUUUUGCUGCAGAGCUUGGAGUGGUCCUAUGUGACGGGGGUCAAGAAUGA